AACUUCAAAAAGUUCAACAGCAUCAACUACGAAAAACACUCGAACAAAGACGUCUUUGGCUUUGUCAAGCUCUAUCUGCUGAAGAAGCUCGACUGUCUGGUGGACAAGUCUCUUUUGGAGACGCUUAUUGGGCCAGAGUACAAGAAAACAGACAUUCCCAGAAUCAUCCAGAGCAUAUACAGGAAGAACAGUGCGUACUCCAUUCAGAUCAUUCAGCUGCUGUUUUGUCUCAUGAUAUACGCACACCAGAGCCACCACAUCAACAACAUAAGCGAGAUAUGCCUGGUGAAUACGUUUAUUCCGAUGUUCUUUGGAGACAGCACAGUUGCAAAGCUGAAGAAGAAGAGCCCGGAUAAGUACUUUACUCUUGUCAAGCGGUGGAGCGAAAUAAUAAAAUAUUUGCCAAAAGGCACUGUGGGCUAA